UCCACCCAGAUCUCGUGAAAAUAGGAGGAGGUUCUUUUCCCCAUCCUUCCUUCCUUCCCUCCCUCUUCUGCUGCUCCCUUUUUCCCCAACUGGUCUGUGGACGCUGCAGAGGGAUAUCCCCAUUGCUCAGCCUCCCAGCAGGGAAGACUUAUUGUGAUAUUAUUCAUAUUUUUGAGUGGGGGAAGGAUCUUGCUGGUAAGGUUCUCUGAUGGUUCCCAACCAUGGGGAAGGACCAGGAACUGCUGGAAGCUGCUCGCACUGGGAAUGUGGCUUUGGUGGAGAAACUCUUGGCUGGCAGGAAAGGAGGGCUCCUGGGCAGUGGAUCUGGACCUAUCCCUCUAUCCAACUUGCUGAGCAUUUGGCGAGGACCAAACAUAAAUUGCACGGAUGCUUCAGGGUACACUGCUUUACAUCAUGCAGCCUUAAAUGGUCACAAGGACGUAGUUAUCAAAUUACUUCAGUAUGAAGCAUCCACGAAUGUGGCUGAUAAUAAAGGGUAUUUUCCUAUUCACUUGGCUGCAUGGAAAGGAGAUGUAGAAAUUGUGAAGAUUCUUAUCCAUCAUGGGCCAUCACAUUCCAGAGUGAAUGAACAGAAUAAUGAAAAUGAAACAGCCUUGCACUGUGCAGCCCAGUAUGGACAUUCAGAAGUGGUAGCUGUUUUGCUCGAUGAGCUUACUGAUCCAACUAUAAGAAACAGCAAAUUAGAAACACCAUUGGAUUUGGCAGCCUUGUAUGGCCGUUUACGGGUAGUGAAAAUGAUAAUCAAUGCCUAUCCAAACUUGAUGAGCUGUAACACAAGAAAGCACACUCCUUUGCACCUAGCGGCACGUAACGGCCACAAAUCUGUUGUACAAGUGUUAUUGGAAGCUGGGAUGGAUGUCAGUUGCCAGACAGAAAAGGGGAGUGCAUUACAUGAAGCAGCUUUAUUUGGAAAAGUGGAUGUAGUACGCAUAUUGCUAGAAACAGGAAUCGAUGCCAAUAUAAAGGACAGUUUGGGCAGAACUGUGUUGGAUAUUCUUAAAGAACAUCCAUCGCAACAAUCACUCCAAAUUGCUGCAUUACUGCAAGAGUAUGUAGAAACAGGAAAUGCUACAGUUCCAGAGGAACCUGUACAAGAAUGUCCAGUGACAAAUCACCAAGAUCACCAGACUUGUGUUCGAUUUCCAGAGGUUUCUCCAACACAAACAACUAAAAGUGAUGUUGUGACUGGGGAGUUAUCAAAACUAUUGAAUGAAAUCAAACUUUGCCAAGAAAAGGAUUAUUCUUUGGAAGAACUGUGCCAUACAGUAUCAGACCACUAUCUUGAUAAUGUUAGCAAAGCAUCAGAAGAAGAACCUGUGAUGAAUGGAAGCCAAGCCAAAUCUACUGUAAGGCCAUCUUCAACUAAUGUGUCACCAACUGAAGAAGAAGAAGAAGAUGGAGGUGAAAAUAGUUGUGGACCUACAGGUUUGUGGGAAGCUCUGACACCCUGUAAUGGAUGCAGGAAUCUUGGAUUUUCCAGUCUUACUCAGGAGCCAUUUCCAAAGAAGAGGAGUUAUACACUGGAAGCAGUGCCAUCUUUUUCUUCUGAUGCAUUUCCUGCAGAAAAUGAGAAUGAUCUCUGCGAACUUUUGGAUAUAGCAGUCACAAAGAAACCCUGUUCUUUAGAAAUCACAAGAGAACCUUCAUCAAAGACAGAUAAUGCACCUCAAGUAGCAAUUAUUGCACCAGGUACCGGCAGUAACCAUAGAAACAGUUCAACAGGACCAACACCUGACUGUUCUCCUCCAUCACCAGAUACUGCACUAAAAAAUAUAGUGAAAGUUAUACGGCCUCAGCCUAAGCAACGUACAUCAAUAGUGUCAGCUUUUGAAUUUCACCGAUUAAAUCACAACCAUGAGUAUUUUGAAAUCACCUCUUCCAUAGGAUAUGCAAGCUUUACUUCCAGCCCUCCAAUCAGUCCAGCCAAUUAUUCAACUGGAUCCAUUGAUGGCAGCAUUGAAGAUAAUGACAUUCCAGGAACCCAGCAAACAUCAAUUGAAAGUGAGCAUCUUGAAGCCUAUCCUUCUGAGCAGUUUGCUGGUCUGCUUCAUGGAUCAUCACCUUCUUGUGAUCCACCUGAUAAUCCACUUCAGCUAUACAGAAAAGCAAGCCCAUCUGAUGAAUUACAUAAUGAUAGUAGCUUGAACCUGAGUAUUUUGAAUACAACACAAUUACAGCAAGAAAACAGCACUGAUCCUCCAAUUAAAAAGAAAAAACCACUUGUUUCAAACAGAACUGUAUUUCUUUCAAAAAAUAAUCUAGGAGAAACUAAAACACUGGCUGGCAUUACAAGAACUGGGGAUCAAUGGAUUGUUAAUGCUGCAGGGUUUGUGGAACGUGCUUGCACACUAGGAAGAAUAAGAUCUUUGCCAAAGACUCUUCUUGAUAUGCAUUUAUCCAAAUACGUUUCAAAAUCUGACUCUAACCUAAUUUCCUAUCCACCUACUGAACAAAAAGCAAGAAGAAAUUGGAAUGAAUCUACACCAGACCCUGAAAACUCUAAAGGAACAUCUGAAAGAACACCAUCAUUUACUUCUGAGUGGGAAGAAAUUGAUAAAAUUAUGAGUUCCAUAGAUGCUGGUAUAAUCACAGGACUGGGAGAGAUUAGCAAUGGUGUACCAACACCCAGAUGCCCUGUCCAGACAGUGGGACAAUGGUUGGAAAAUAUUGGGCUACCUCAGUAUGAAAACCACUUGCUGGCUAAUGGAUUUGACAGUGUACAGUUUAUGGGAAGCAAUGUUAUGGAGGAUCAAGAUCUCUUGGAAAUUGGAAUACUUAAUUCUGGACACAGACAAAGAAUUCUACAGGCAAUCCAGCUCCUUCCAAAGAUGAAACAGAUUGGCAAUGAUGGCUACAAUCCCACCUCGGUAGCAGAAUGGCUAGAUUCUCUGGAACUGGGAGACUACAUCAAACCUUUUCUGAUAAAUGGUUAUACAUCGAUUGACCUUGUGAAAAAAAUCUGGGAUAUUGAAUUAAUUAAUGUAUUAAAAAUUAGUUUGCUUGGCCAUCGAAAACGUAUUUUGGCAUCACUGGGAGACAGGCUUCACGAAGAUCCUCCUCAGAAACCACCACGAUCUAUAACCCUCAGGGAACCUAGUGGCAACCACACUCCUCCUCAGUUGUCUCCCUCACUCAGCCAAAGCACUUACACUACUGGAGGCUCACUCGACGUACCACACAUUAUGAUGCAGGGGGAUGCAAGGAGAAGAAGAAAUGACAGCUAUUUCGAUGAUAUUCCCCGAUCAAAGUUGGAAAGGCAGAUGGCUCAGUCGUCUGUCUGUGAGAUUUGGACCAACCAGAAUGCAGGAUAUCCUUACACAGCAGUCCAUCAGGUUCAUAAUACUGGAGACUGGGGUGAACCAUCGAUUACCUUACGGCCUCCAAAUGAAGCUACAGCAUCAACGCCAGUACAGUACUGGCAGCAUCACCCAGAGAAACUCAUCUUCCAGUCAUGUGAUUAUAAAGCAUUUUAUUUAGGUUCUAUGCUGGUAAAAGAGUUAAGAGGUACAGAAUCAACGCAGGAUGCCUGUGCAAAAAUGAGGAAGUCUACAGAACAAAUGAAGAAAGUCCCUACCAUUGUUUUAUCAGUCUCCUAUAAGGGAGUAAAAUUUAUUGAUGCAACAAAUAAGAAUAUUAUUGCUGAACAUGAGAUUCGUAAUAUUUCCUGUGCUGCACAAGACCCUGAAGACCUCUCUACUUUUGCUUACAUCACAAAAGACUUGAAGACAAAUCAUCACUACUGCCAUGUGUUCACAGCCUUUGAUGUGAAUUUAGCCUAUGAAAUAAUUCUCACAUUGGGACAGGCGUUUGAGGUAGCCUAUCAGCUUGCACUUCAAGCACGAAAAGGAGGACAUUCUUCAACCCUUCCAGAAAGCUUUGAUAAUAAGCCUACCAAACCUAUUCCCAAACCACGUGUUAGCAUUCGAAAAUCUGUGCAGAUAGAUCCCACUGAACAAAAGACUCUUGCCAACCUACCAUGGAUUGUAGAACCAGGACAAGAAGCCAAAAGAGGAAUUAAUACCAAGAGCAGUCCAUUUUGAAACUUCCUCACAAUGAUUCAGAAAAUAACAACUAGAUGAGAGUUGAAUCAUUGGCCAGGAUUCCCAUGGUAAGUUGUGAAUCAGCAUUGAGAGCUGCUGAAUGAAUGUGCUGCCUAAGCAUCAUACUGCUUGAAGAAAUUGUUAAAAUAGAUCUUAAUAUCCCUCAACAAAGUGACAUAUUUGAGCAGACUUCUGGGCUUUAUCUGAGAUUUAGAAAACAUAAAUGUACCCACCCCCCCCCCCCCCAAAGUUCAUAGCCAAUCAAAAUAAAUAUGAGUGAAUGAUAUAACAGAGGACAGAACAACAACAACGACAACAAAUCUUUUGAAUAUAGAAUGUGGGAAAAAGGCAGACAGCCAAAGAAGUCUAAGUCAGUCUGGAAUAAAAGAUGAGUUACACUGAGGAAGAACAAAGGAUAGCCGACGAGAGACAAAACUAGGAAAACAAGAAAUCUAGUAGAUUAAGGUAAAUUAAAUGUUUAUGUUAUGUGACUCCUGCCCUGCAGGUACAGCAAUAAAAGUUAACCCACAUCUAAAUGUCUCUUUCUUGUGGCUUGUAAAAAUGUUGAAUUAGUUGUUACCUUUGCAGCCAAGGGAAUCUCAGUAUCUACAAUACUAUAUUGACAAUUUUGUUUGGCUUCUGAAACGAGGGAAAGCCAUGUUAGCUGUAACCUUUAACAGCUUUAAAUUUCAGCUAUUUAGUGACCUAUCAAAACAAAUAAUAAAGAUAAAAUUCAAAAAUGUGCAGUAACACCAAAGCCAAAUCCCAAUGCAUUUCAUAUGGAAGUGCUUUACUUUAAGGGAAACAAUAAUUAGUAUUUCCCUAAGCCAUCUCUAUGUUACAACUCUCCUAAUUUGCUGCAAAUGAAGGUUCCUUUCCUGUUAAUGCACCACCAAUGCAAUUUCCCCUCAAACUCCCUUUCUAAUAUAUGGAAAAAGAAAGCACCAUAUUUGCAAUGAGAUAACUACCAUGGAACAGCACAAAAAGCUUUUAAACUAGUGUUUAUGAUACACACUGAAGUAGAAAGAUUGAAUGUGAAGAAAUAAAUUAUUUAAAAAAACGUGACUUUUAAAAUUACAUCGAGGGAUGUUUUUCCCCAUUCAUAGGCAGUCAUUAGAUACUAAAAGCCAUUUCAAUCACUUUUCUCACAAUGGAGGAUAAAAUGGUUUUGUUCAUAACUAUAAAACAAAGAGAAUUCGGGCAUAACUAGAAAGCCAGAUUUUCAUAGCAACAGAAGUCUACAGACAGGCUCCUCACAAUGAAAGGACAUCAUUUCUGGUAUUCUGAAGUUAGCAAAAUCUGAAUCAUUAUUUGGUCCUAGGUCCCUGGAAGCACUGAACUAUCUGGGAAAAGGAAAUCAAAUGCUUCCCUUUCCCUCUCAAGCCAUGCUGCAGCCUCCCUUUUUGUUUUAAUAUAUCUAUAGUUUCCUUCUAAUCCAAAUUGAUUUGCAAAACCAGGAUGGCUAAUUAGUAUCAAUACAGUCAGUUCUGCUUUUCAUUGGAAGAACAAACAGUACUCUUUCAUGUAAGCAUGUGCAAAACAGAUAACAUCCACCAGGAAUGGAUGGAAGGAACUACAGCAUAUAAAGGAAUUACACACAGGGAAAAAGUACCAGGCCAAUCCCAGAUUUAUACUGUAAUCCCAAACCACGGAAAUUAAAAUUCUCAGAAGGAAAGGCAUCCCUUAAAAGGCUGUUAUUGGAACACCAUUUUUUUUCUUGAAUAUCCAUUCUUGCAUAGACAGGGCUGUAACCAGAAAAAAAAUUCGGGAGGGGUUUUGAAAAUUUCGGGGAGGGGGGGUUGAACCCUUAGCCCCUAACACCCUCCCCCCCCCAGCUACAGGCCUGUCAAUAUCUGCUUGAGAUAGUGCCUGGAGGGACUCUUAAUUUUUUGCGUCUCAUAGACUUAGCAUGGGGAUUUGGUUAACCAGUUAAAAUUCAUCCAGGUUUUUUUUUUAAUUUGAAAAAUUUGGGGGGGGGGUUGAACCCCUACCCCCCCCUCCCCCCCGGCUACAGGCCUGUGUAUAGAACCACCUUCACCAAAUGAGCCAAACCUGCCACUGCCCAGAAAUAGAGGCAGGAGAACUUCUAAUGAAACUUUGCCCCCUUCAGUUUUCAGAUAAGCCAAGAAUCAACACUUGGGAACGAGAAGAAGAAAAUUCAUGUAUGGCCUAGACCAGAUAUGGGUUUAAAGCCGAACACCUUCAGAAAGCAAGCUGUUUUGUUAGAGUGUGCCUUCAAGUCAUUUUCAAGUCAUGGUGACUGUAAAAUGGAUCUCUCAUGUUUUUUUUUUUCUUGGCAAGGAUUUGCUUUUGCCUUCCACUAAGACUGAGAGUGGGCGUGACAUGCCAAAGGCCACUCGGUGGAUUUCCAUGGUCCAUGAGGUCACAAAGAGUCAGAAACAACUAUGUGAUUGAGCAGCAGCAGCAGAAUUUCAAACUUUGGCUCCUGAUUUGUAAUUCAGUGCUCAAACCACUACAACACCAUGCUGACUUCCAAUAGCAAGCUCCUACUUUAUGCUUAUUCUUAUUUGUCUUGUUCUUAUUUGCCACGGGAAAGCUGUCUUUUGUCUUGCACCUACAUAUCAAAUGUUUAUUAAAUUCACCUAUGGUUUAUGAAUUUCUAACAUAGGAUUUUGAAAUUGCAUUAAAUAUACUGAAGUUCUAUUUGAACUUUCAGGAACAUCUUCCUUAAGAUUUCUGUCCAUGAAAGGUGCAUUUUUCUUUGCAAAAAGCAUCUGCAAAGAGGAUCCUGUAAAUGCCAGCAUUAUUAGAGAUCACUUGUGUAUUUUUAGCAAGGAUCAAGAGACAUUGUGUUUAAGCUCAUCAUUUCUGUCCAGAGUUUUUCUUCUUUUCAUGUUUGAGAGAUUAUUUCACUUCCAUUUGUACAAAUCUGAUUCAUCCUACAGAAAAACUGCAGCAUCAUUUGGAUGUGAGGUGAACAUUGAAAGUAUAAAUGUCUUUCACCAGAGGCUUUAGAACAUAUGCCUCAUUCAUUUCCUUUCAUCCUUUAACCCUAAGACAUCUUUCUCCCAGUACGUAUCUUUCCGUUCUCAAACCUUUUGUAAUCUUUCUCCUGAAAACAACAGAAUUAUUUCCUCUUUAUAUGGUUCUGCUGUUUCAGAAGACGUGACAAGAAAGAUCUAGAAAUUGUGUGUGUUUCUGCUUGUAUUCUGAUGCACGCCAUUUUGCGCACAUUGCUCUUCUUCACAAUAUAUAAAAAAGGAUGCAACAGCAGUGAAGGACAACAAUAAUCUUAAUAGCAUAUGCCUUAUGUACCUGCAACUGUUAUGUGAAAUGCAACAUGAAAACCUGCUUUUCACUAUGAAGUAUUGUUUCCAUGGUUAUGGCAUUAAAAGAGAUUAUUUGUUUUGACAUGA